AUGUUGAUUAAAUUUAUUUUUAUUUUUAUUAUCUAUUCUUCAAUUCAAAUUGUAUAUAGUUCUAAUCUUUUUUCACAUGAAUUCAAUAUAAAAAAUGGUGGUCAUGCUUUAUAUGCUCUUCAACAACUUUUAAAUUUUUUUGAAUCUGAUGCAAAUAAUCUUAAUCUUGAUGGUUUAUAUGGUUUACGUAUAGCACAAGGACAAUUAAAUGUUCUUCAUCAAAAUUUAAUAUUAUCAAUUAAUAAAAAAAAUUCUUUAACUGAUAAAAAUAAUAUUAUUCAUUCAUUAUCAAUACAAAUUGAACGUAUAGCAAAUAUAAGUUUAAAUAGAAUAGCAUAUGAAGAAAAAUCAUAUUUACAUCAAUUUUAUCUUAUUGUCUAUCAUCCAUUUGUAAUUGAUUAUCAAUCAAGAAAAAUUAAUAAACAUUUAAUUGAACAUGGUAAACGAAAUUCAAAUUUUCAUGAAGAAGAAUCUGAUAAAUGUUUUGCUGAAUUACUUGGUACAAGUGAUCGUUUAAAUUCAACAAAAUGUUUUAUUAGUGAAUCAUGUUGGAAUAUGAUGACAUCUCCAAUGAGUCAAAAUUAUCGUUUAACACAUCAAUUAUUAUGGUUUUUAAUUGCAAAAAAUAUUGAUUGUAUACAUGAUGAUAUAGCAAAUAAAAAUUUAAAUCAUUUUGAAGAUUAUUUUUGUGCAAAUAUAUAUGAAGAUGCUAGAAUGAAUUUAUUUCAUAAUAUUAAUCAAGAUUUAUUUCUUGAACAAUUAUUACUUUGUUCAAUAAUUGGUUAUGAAGAAUUUUUACGUUUUGAUUGGUUUAAUAUUAUAUUAACAUGGCAACAUCCAGAUUAUGGUUGUUUUAGUGAUAAAUCAGAAACAAUUCGAUUUCAUCGUAAAACACGACGACAUUUAUUACUUGAACAAGAAAUGAAUAAUGGUUGUUUAUCACAUAAAAGUGGUUUAGCAGCAGGAUUAUUAGCUACUUAUUCGCGAGUUUUUCUGCAAUAA